AUGGUCCACCUUGAGGCCGCGUCGCCCGUCGACACGCUGCGGAAGAUCGUGGCGCUCCACUCGGCCGCGGGCGCGUCGUUGGCGGCACGCAGCGACCUGGCGGUCACGCCUAGCAGCGACCUGGACGUGGAACGCCACGGGGGGCUCGACCUGGCGCAAGACCCGGGGCUGCACGGCGAGGACGAGUUCAGCGUGCAGGGCGCCGAGGUCGAGAACGGCAUGGUCCGCGGGAGCAUCGGCCAGGUGGGUGCGCACUGCGACGCGCGGGGCCCCGCAGUGGUGCUGGAGGCCGAGGGUCACCGCGAGGCGGGGGCGAGCGCAGACCCCCCUUCCAUGCCAGCAGUGCCUCAUUUCCCCUCGCUCGGCGCCGAGGCCCAGUCUGGGACUCGGGGCGCAUUCGAUGGCGGCGAUUACGUGGAGCACAACAACGAGCACGACGGGGCGCAGGACGUGGGGCAGUGCGACGAGGACGAGCCCAGCGUCGAUGCCAAGGUCGCGGCCGACCCUGAGAGCGACGGCGACGUGCCGCCCCCCUUGAACACGGUGGCGGUCGCCAACUUCAUCCGCGUGGAGGGCCUCCGGAUGGUGACCUUCGAGACGUUGAGGUCAGCGGACGAUGGCUCGAUGCUGGACGCCGAGAUGGAGUGCAGCGAGGUCGAG